AUGAAGCUUGAAAUCUUGACUGGUUUCAAUAAUGGACUUGGAUUGUUCAACCCUUGGCCUACAUUCGACUGGAACGUCAUGUUAUUCGAUUCAGUCGACCCCCUCGCUGCGAUCUGGUUCACCAACACAUGGAAUACUGGUUUUCUUCCAAUCAAUUCCAACAGAGUCUUCGAUCAUUUUGGAUCAAGAUAUAAUGUGUCUCUAGCUAUCAACGAGAAAGGAUUUUAUGACCACGACAAGUAUAUGUCCUACUCUGCUGCUUAUCUAAGUGCAGGCAACACAAUCGUUUACGGUGCCUUCUUCGCUAUUUAUACCGCCGCCAUUACCCAUGUCAUUUUAUUCCACCGCUAUGAAGUAACUAUGGGUUUCAAAAAUCUGUGGCGGGGACUUCGUCGCAGAAAGGUGGUCGAGGGCGACGAUGCCGGCGAGUAUCAGGAUGUUCAUAACCGUUUGAUGAAGAAAUAUCCCGAAGCAACAUUGGCCGUCGCCAUGGCUUUUGGUUUCGCCGGUGUUUGCGGCUGGCCCACAUACACGACAGCUGGGGUUGUCCCAUAUGGUCUUCUGCUCGCGCUUGUCUUUGUUGUCCCGGUCGGUAUAAUCAAGGCCAUGACCGGUAUUGAGGUGACUCUCAACGUCCUCGCCGAGUUCAUCGGUGGCAUGUGGGUUGAGGGUAACGCUCUCGCUAUGAACUACUUCAAAUCUUUUGGAUAUGUAACUUGCGCUCAUGCAAUUCAGUUUGCCAGUGACUUGAAGCUCGCUCAUUAUCUCAAGAUUGGACCAAGGCACACAUUCGCAGCACAAAUCGUUGCGACUCUUGUUUCGACAUUCGUAUGCACAGGGGUUAUGAAUUUUCAGGUCAACAUCAAAGAUGUCUGUCAGACCAACGCUCCCAUGAGAUUCUUCUGCCCUGGCCCAAACACAUUUUUCACCGCUGCGGUUCUUUGGGGCACCAUCGGGCCCGUUAAAGUUUUCGGUCAUCAAGGACAAUAUAAGGAGCUUCUCCUUGGGUUCCCGAUCGGAAUUUUGGCUCCUGUCGUUUUCUACUUCCUACUGAAGUAUUCCAAGAAUAACCGUUAUCUCCGACAAUUCCAUCCGGUUGCUCUGUUCUACGGUGGUCUGAACUGGGCCCCCUACAGCUUCUCUUACGCCUGGCCAGCCGUACCAAUCGCAUGGCUGUCUUGGAUCUAUGUCAGGAAGAGGUAUCUUGCAUUCUGGUCGAAGUACAACUUCGUCUUGUCCGCCGCGUUCUCUGCAGGUAUUGCCAUCUCUGGGAUCAUCAUGCUGUUCUCCGUUCAAUGGGCACAAAUUGAGAUCUCUUGGUGGGGCAACAAUCAAGUCGCUGCCGGGUGUGAAGGCAGCGCGUGCUUACUGAAAGAACUGGGCGAAGGCGAGCGGUUCUACCCUUGGUGGAACACUAAGAAGAUUCCUGCACCCUGA